AUGGUUAGUGAUUCACGCUCAAGCUCACAAGGAAUCCAAACACUGCUAGAGGCAGAGAGAGAAGCAGGAUUGAUCGUCCAACAAGCACGAGAGUACAGAACACAGAAACUCAAAGAUGCUAGAAUCGAUGCACAGAAGGAGGUUGAUGAGUUGAAGCGUGUUAGGGAGUCCACGUUCAAGGAUAUGCAGGAUGAAUCCACCGAUACCCAAUCAACGCAUAAGAAGCAAGUUGAACAUGAUACUGAGAAGGCUUUGACUUCUUGGGAGAGUGACGCACACGACUAA